AGAAAGCGCGGGAAAAUGGAUAAAUACUUGGUUUCGCAGAAGCCCUCAAUUGAAAGGGUUGAACCUUUUCGCAGAUGGCGUUGGAAAAGGAGCUCGGUGGAGCUAAAUGGUAGAUUUGAGCCUAACUAUCGUCAUGAGAUGCUGGAUUUGCUAAUUCGUUCCUAUUCGGAGGUUGGAGCCUUUCCGCACUUGUAUCAAGUGGAUGGAUCGCCGUGCCAAUCUCAUAUGAAUCGACUUGUUAGUGAGGCUAAUGGUGAUCGUCAUCUUCCAUAUAGAAAGCAAGGCAUCGCUGCAGUAGAUUUUGACAACAAGGGAAUAUACUUGGUGUCUGUGACAAAAGCAGGUUGCUUAACAGUGCAUGAUUUUGAAGCUCUUUAUUGCCAGAUACAUGAAUUAACUUGCUUGAAAGAAGAUGAAAGCAAGCAUUUAAUGCACCUCUCACUAAAUCAACAACUUGAUGCUGUCAGAUGGAAUCCUGUUAAUCAGAAUGAGGUUGUCUGUGCAUCUGUGAAAAGUAAUGAACUACUCAUAUUUGAUGUUGGAUAUGUCUCAUCAGAACCAGUUGAAGUGUUAAGAACAAGACAUACAACCACAGUUCAUGGGUCCAGCAUACACAAAGGUCUCUCUGAUGUUGCUUUUACAUCAAAUGACACAAGGAUACUUGCUUCUGAUACACAUGGUGUGAUUAAUAUCUGGGAUAGAAGAGUGAAUGCUCUACCUUGCCUUGAGCUUGCAUCUGCUUCAUGUGAUACCAUUAAUAGAAUCCAAUUAAAUGCUGAUAAUCAGAUUAUUUUUGGUGCAGGGAAGCAUGGGCUCAUGUAUAUGUGGGAUAUUCGUGGUGGAAGAGCUUCUGCCACUUUUCAAAGUCACAAAGAGAUAUGCCAUCCACCUGUAACAUCAGUGAAGUUAGCAACAUUGCUAGAGAAGAUUGGAUCUUUGAAGGCACAAACAGAUAUAGUUCCCAAGGAGAUUCACUCUAUUGAUAUUAAUACAUCAUGCCCGUAUCAGUUAGCAUUCCAUCUUGACGAUGGCUGGUCAGGCGUUUUGGAUAUUAAUAAUUUUCAAGUUACACAUAUUCAUUGCCCACCCCCAGCUUGGUUAAAUGAGUCAUAUAUUCCCGCUGAUCUAUCAUAUUUAAGAAAACCUUCAUGGUUAUCGACGUGUUCGGUCUAUUUGGUUGCAUCAUCAUCUGAUUAUGGCAUUCAUCUCUUGGAUUUCUAUCCUAGCACCAGUUCACCGAGCCAUGUAGAUUACAAGGAGGAUAUACAAGAAAUUUCAAGGCGCAACAACCAAAGUAAUCAAAAUCGGUUUAUUUAUUUAUCGGAAGGAGUUAUCUCAUGUGCUGCUCACCCUUUAUAUAAUGCCAUUGUUGCUGGAACAAAGAAAUCUUCUUUGCUUGUGGUUUCCCAACGACAUGAGUCAUGCAGAAGUGAAGAUUAGUUUCAUGCUUCGACGGAUUUUGUAGG